AUUAUCAUAUUAAUCCUGUACCUUACUUUACUUGAGUUUUGUCCUUCCGUCUCUCUCUCCUCUCACAAGGUAGCGUUAUAUCAUCAUUGUGGAACGUAGCUUUACUCAUUUUUAUGUCUCUUACCUAUAAGAUAAAACCCCUCAGAAUUUCUGGAACUUCAAUUGUAGUCUCAACAGUCAUCCUCAGAAGAAUUUUUCUCAGUGACCAAGUAACUAACUUUCAGCUUCUGAAGAACCCCCAUGGAGACAGACAACGGUGACACAAAGUCAAAGAUGGAAGACUAUGAAGUGAUGGAGCAGAUAGGAAGAGGAGCAUUUGGAGCUGCUUUUCUGGUUCUCCAUAAGAUUGAGAAAAAGAAGUAUGUACUGAAGAAGAUUCGCUUGGCUAAGCAAACAGAGAAGUUCAAACGUACAGCACAUCAGGAGAUGAACUUAAUUGCUCAACUAAAUAAUCCAUAUAUUGUGCAGUACAAAGAUGCUUGGGUAGAGAAGGGAGACUGCAUAUGCAUUGUAACUGGCUAUUGUGAAGGAGGAGACAUGGCUGAAAACAUUAAAAAAGCUAGAGGCAUAUUUUUUCCAGAGGAGAAGCUUUGCAAAUGGCUGACUCAGUUGUUACUAGCUGUGGACUACCUGCACUCCAAUCGUGUACUUCACAGAGAUCUUAAGUGUUCCAACAUAUUCCUAACAAAGGAGAAUGACGUCCGGCUUGGUGACUUUGGACUUGCAAAACUACUGAACACGGAAGAGCUUACGUCCUCGGUUGUUGGAACUCCUAACUACAUGUGUCCUGAGCUCCUGGCAGACAUUCCUUAUGGUUACAAAUCUGAUAUAUGGUCGCUUGGCUGCUGUAUGUUUGAAAUCGCUGCUCAUCAACCAGCAUUCAGAGCUCCUGACAUGGCUGGACUCAUCAACAAAAUAAACAGAUCCUCCAUUUCUCCACUCCCAAUUGCAUAUUCCUCCACAAUGAAACAACUUAUCAAGAGCAUGCUGCGGAAGAACCCAGAACACAGACCAACUGCAGCAGAACUUUUGAGGCAUCCACAUUUACAACAAUAUCUCCUCCGUUGCCGUAAUCCUUCUUCUAUUUUUCUACCAAUCAAGCCCUUAAACAAUUUCAAGGAGAAGGGAUCAAGAAAGUCAUUAUCUAGUAGACCUAGCAUUGGCAAAGACAAAGAAAAAGAGGCUGGAGUACUAGACCCGCUUGAAGAAAACCUAUCUGAAAGAAAUUCUGAUGUGCAGCCAAGCUUACUGCCUGACAGUGACAAGCCAAUGGUGUCAGCUAGAGCAGAAGACAACCUAGAGACAAAGAAGAUUGAUCAUAACAUCUAUACAGUUGAAAUAGCUAAUGCUAUCAAUGGUUCAAGAGAAGUGUCAACUGAUUCUGAAGAAAUUGUUUGCAAUGGAGACAACCAAGCAGACUUUGGAAAUUCACCUGAAGAGGGGAGGACUAACAUUGAGACUAACUUGGGGAGCACACUGAAUUCUCUGCAUGAGGAACAGGAAAACAAUACUGAAAAAAUUAAACAAUUGAAAGAUGUUAAUAUCACAACUGUGACCACAAAGGAUGAAACAUUUUGCAACCCAGCUCAAAAAGAAGCUGAAGUAGAGGUUAAGUGUGCUAAACCCGAGAAAUUUUGCAACCAAGUUCAAGAAGACACUAAAGCUGAGAGCGAGUUUGUUAAACCAGGGAACCAAGUGCCUGACGAAACUGAAGCAGAGGGCAAGGUUGCUACACCAGUGGAUUCUGGGAAGUUGACAAUGUCCUGUGCAGGAUGCACCAAUAAAGAUGGUUCCCUUGAUGAUGAAAGUUCAUUGUCAGCUGAGCAAAUUGUUGAAAAGAAACCUGAUGUAGAGUCUAGAACUAUACAACAAAGGGAAAGUCCUGAUGCAUACACUGAAGCUUCACACAUGGAUUACACAUUGUCUGAAAGUAAUGAUACACUUCCAUUUAAAGAUAAAGUAAGAGCAAAAACAGAUAACCUUAGCUGCUCUUUGCAGACAGAGAAAGAUGAUGCUCAUGUAAAUAAUCAGGCACCUAAUGACAUCUCUUUACUGAGUACACUUACUGCAAUUGGUGGUGAUGAAACCAAAAGUGAGUGGGAUAAUCCCUGCCAGCAAAGAGCGGAUGCUCUGGAGUCUCUGCUUGAGCUAUGUGCGCAGCUACUUAAGCAGGACAAACUUGAUGAGCUUGCUGGUGUACUAAGACCAUUUGGAGAAGAAGCAGUCUCAUCUAGAGAAACAGCAAUUUGGUUGACAAAGAGCCUCAUGUCUGCACAAAAAUUUAAUGGAGGAACCUAAUUUUUGAGAGCCAGUUGGUGUUAACUUAUUCAUCACUAUAAGAAUGUGUCUUGUUGAAUGUGUUAAAAUAAAAUGUAUAUCAUCUAUAUCGUUGUUUCAAUUACAGAUUAGAGGCUUGGCAAUAAAAUAUAGCACAGAUUGUUAACUUA